GUGAUCUACGCCUAUCUUUACCCGAACAAAGGAGAGACGCGACGGUGGAAGUGCACGGCAACAAAUUGCUCCAUUGUGCGUCUUUGAAAGACAGACACGUGCAACACAACAAAGAUAAGGAUGGAGGGGGCUGGAGGCUGGUCUGUGUGUAAGCGAGCUUUAAAUGUAGUCGGAGGGGGGUGAUGGAGCAACACACACCCCUGCAGCCGGUUCAGAGAACACUCCCAUUCUCUUCAGCACCCUGGACAGAGGCAGCGGUAUUUCGGGUUAAAGCGACUCCUGGGCUCACUGUCGGGUCAGCUGACUCCGCUGAUGGUCACACACGCUUUUCUAGAGCCACCAGCAUCUCACUUCUGGUUCAUCAGUGAGGAAUCAACUUGAUGAAUGUUCAAAAGUCCCGGUCCUGGUGGCUGGAGCUGGGAGAAAGGUCCUCCGAAAUUAUUUUUACAGUUUUUUUAGUCAGCUUACCAUCGAGCAGAUUUCAAUUUGAUCUCAAAAGGAUUUAAAAAAACAACCCACAACUGAAACUUUUUACUAUUUUUGUUUUAAAAGAACUAUUUCGCCUCUUUCCUCACUUCUUGAAAAAUGCUGCUGGAGCAUCCGGGAUCAAGUUGUCAAAGCAGCGCAAGUUUUUCACGAUAUAACUCUGGCCAAGUGAUUUCCGCCUUGUCUCCUGCAGACAUCCCAGUGUGCGCCGGCUGCAAUCAACACAUCGUGGACCGCUUUAUCCUCAAAGUGCUGGACCGCCACUGGCACAGCAAGUGCCUGAAAUGCAGCGACUGUCAGGCGCAGCUGGCGGACAAGUGCUUCAGCAGGGGAGACAACGUCUACUGCAAAGACGAUUUCUUCAAGAGAUUCGGGACCAAGUGCGCAGCCUGUCAGCAGGGGAUCCCGCCCACACAGGUGGUCCGGCGAGCGCAGGACUUUGUCUAUCACCUGCACUGUUUCGCCUGCAUCGUGUGCAAAAGGCAGCUGGCCACAGGUGAUGAGUAUUACCUGAUGGAGGACAGCAGGUUGGUCUGCAAGGCCGACUAUGAGACCGCCAAGCAGAGAGAAGCAGACUCAACUGCAAAAAGGCCACGAACAACCAUCACCGCUAAGCAGCUGGAAACGCUGAAGAACGCCUACAACAACUCUCCAAAACCAGCCCGCCACGUCCGGGAGCAGCUAUCCUCCGAGACGGGCCUUGACAUGCGGGUCGUGCAGGUUUGGUUCCAGAACAGAAGAGCCAAAGAAAAGCGGUUGAAGAAAGAUGCUGGGAGGCAGAGGUGGGGCCAGUAUUUCCGCAACAUGAAGAGGUCCAGAGGGAGCUCAAAAUCUGACAAAGACAGCAUCCAGGAGGAGGGCAUGGACAGCGAUGCUGAGGUGUCCUUCACAGAUGAGCCCCCCAUGUCGGAGCUCGGCCAUAACAACAGCAUCUACAGCAGCCUGAGUGAGUCCUCUCCUGCUAUGGGGGGCCGUCAAGGGGGCAACAACCAUGGCUCCUUCCCUUUGGAACAUGGCGUACUUCCCUCCCAAGACCAGUUCCACGACAUCCGGUCCAGCAGCCCCUACGGCCUCCCCCAGUCUCCUGGGUCACUCCAGACACUCCCCAGGCACCAGCCUCUCAUUUCCACCAUUGUUUACCCCGACUCUGGCCUCUCCAUCCUGACCCAGAGCGGCGGGCCUGGCAUCAACCCCGGCGUCAGAGGCUCUAUGGGAGCGGCAAACGGCCCCAGCUCCGACCUAUCCACCGGCAGCAGCGGUGGGUACCCAGAUUUCCCUGCCAGUCCUGCAUCCUGGUUAGAUGAGGUGGACCAUGGGCAGUUUUGAUUGGUCCAAAGAUACUUGACUAUUUCCUUUGCUUUAUUUUCUGUGUCUUCUGUUCGUCAAGAAAUGGAAAAUUGAUUCAAAGAACUGUGGCUUUGUAAUCCCAGAAAUAUCCAAUUAAUUUAUUACUUGCCAUCUUCAUGAAGGCAAUGAAGAACAUGUCCCCCCAUUCAAGACAUAAACUAUAACAAAACACACCACUAUACGCUGUUUUUACCAACUUCAAAACCAUUUUCAUUUUUCGGACUGUUUUCUGUUCACAUCUCAUCCUGCAGGUGUUUUAUUUCCCCCUCAGCAUGUUCAGGUCUUAAAUGUCUGGCUGUUGCCAAAUGUCUAUAUAUAUAAAUAUAUAUCAUUGUGGAGACUUUAUUUUUAUACAAACCCCUUGUUGAACGUACAUGUAUGAAAGAACCAGGGCAUGAGAACUUUGUACAUUCUUGAACCGGGAAUUAGGAGAAAAUGUAGAUGUCUUAACAAACGGUACCUAGGGGUCCAAUGACUACUAUGCAUUUGUGUGUUCUCAGAUGUGUCUUGUUUGUUUUCUUGUACUGGAAACCACCUCAAAAAAGAACCGUAGCAGAGUGGGAUGGGGGGAGGGUGUGGUGUAUAUGUUUGUUCACGUGGAAGAUGUUUUAUGUAUUAUUUAUUCCCUCUGGUAAUGAUGGUGAUUCAUAAUUAAAUGGCAGGACUUUAAUAAAUUUGCCACCUAAGUUAAUGUGGAGUUUAAUUAUUUUAUUUUCUCCAGUUGGUAAAAUAUGUCCAAAAUAAUCUAAAAGAGCCUCUGAAAUCGCUUCAGGUUUUAGAAAUUGAUCGUGAAAUUUUUAUUGGAGCAAUCACAAACAAGGGUUUGUGGUUGCAUCACUAUGGAGGAAUUCUGACCCUUUCUUUGCGGAAUGGUUUGAUUUCAUCCGCACUGGAGGGUUUUCCAGCGUGAACAGGUUGUUGAAGGUGACAGGCCAGAUUCUCUCCCUCACCAUUUUCUACUUGUUGUUCCAUCAAUUACAGAAAGUCUUCUAGGGUCCUGAAGUAGCAAAGCAGCCCCAGACCAUCACACUACCACCACCAUGUUUGACUGUUAGUAUGUUUUUUUUUUUUUACAUGCUGUUAGUUUACACCGGAUGAAACAGGACACGCACUUAUCAAAUAGUCCCACUUGUGUCUCAUCAGUCCACGGCAUAUUUCCCCAAAAGUCUCGGGGAUCUUGUCUUCUAUCUGAUCAGCAGAGGUUCUCACCUUAGAGAAGUCAUUUUUGCCACCUUCUGUUUCUUUCAUUGAGCCAUGACCUCUGACCUUAACCCUACCUAAGUGAGGCCUCCAGUACGUUUGAUGUUCUGGGUUCUUUGUUUUUUGUUGUUUAGUUUCAUAACAUUUUAUUAAAAGUGAUGUUCACGAGAA